AUGGCGGUGUGCUGUCAGUUUUCGUUUUCACUGUUAUCGUUACUGUCAUUUCUGGUGUAUGCGAACGGCUGUGGAAUAACAACACACAUUGUCAUUUCUGAAAGAGCAAAGGAACACUUUGGUAACAUAAGUCCAACACAUGUUGAUUACAAAAAGAUAAUAGCCAAACAUCAUGAUGCUUUCAUGGCUGGGAGUCCCUACCCCGAUGCUUUCUUCAGCUCACUUUGUGAUAAAGGAAAUUACCACAAUGUUUCUGAGGACACUCACUGGUCUGGUUUCCUUAACGCCACAAUCAACCAUAUCAGGAAUCACUAUCCUCAACCCUGGGACACGGCCACAGAGAAACUAGUGGCAUUUAUGUUUGGAUUUGUGUCCCACCAAGUGGCUGACAUUGUGUGGCACAGUCUGGGUGUGGACCAAGGCUUUAUUACUACAAUGGGUAUGGAAAACUUCCAUGGCUCCUACACCAAUGCUCAUGCUGCUGCAGAUUUUGGUGGCGACGUGAUGAGCCUGUUUGACAUGGAUGUUUCUAUGUUCAUGGACCCCCUCAAGGAAUGGUAUGUACCUGUAGAUGACCUGACGAUGAUUUACCAGGAAUUUUACGGUACGACCAGGAUCACACGUCCUGUCAUAGACAACUGUUCUACUUUACUCCUUGUGGGUGGGUAUGCUGAGAUUGUUGGAGGUUCAGAAGCCUAUGCUGCAGUGGCCAAUACUAGCCCGUUUCUAGUGGAUCAGUACCGUGACUACUUCCUGGGUGGGGUAAAUGACAUGGCAGGUUGGUCAGCUCGACUUUGGAACCGCACCAUCCACAUGUUGGAGAAUGGAACCAGCUCAUGUAUGGUCCCCCACAACCCACUCUACAUCAACUGUACAGCUACAUCAACGCAGGAAUUUUCUAGACUUUCCACCAACAAGGAGAGGAAUGGGUUCUUUCGACAGCCUGACCUACUUGGUCUAACACAGGAUGACCUUGUUGUGGAGAAGGCCUACAGGGGGAUACUUAUCAAACCAGGCUACAAGAUUAGGUCUUUAUUAGAAAAAAAGCGAGACACACUACUGGCAAAGAGGAAGAGGAUCAGGGAGGAAAAGAUGAAAUUACUUAAAAAGAAGGAAGCGGAGCUACCAAGAGAUAGUCCAAAUCAGAUGGGCAUAUACUACACACCCGAGAGAUUCUCAAAGUUUGGCUGGUCACUUGCUGUUGGUGACCUUAACGGAGACGAUAACGAUGACUUGGUGGUGGGGGCCCCAGGAUACUCGGGAGGAGGUAGUCCUGACCAGGGCAGGGUUUAUAUUUUAUAUGGGUCAGACAAUGGAUUACCUGUUGCUAAAGGAGCCUACUAUCUACUUAACAUGAAUAACCAAACCAACUGUACCCUUCACGGUCCUCCAGAGGCCCAGUCCCUAUUUGGUACGUCUGUGGCCGUUUUGGAUAUUAACCAGGAUGGAAACCUAGAUGUAGCUGUAGGAGCUCCAGCCUUCAGGAACCAUGGACAGCUUGACUACAAUGGGGCCGUGUAUAUCUACUAUGGUAAACUGAGAACCAAUGCCACCCUGUACCAGCCGAAUAUAACAAUCACGUGUCAGAGUCAGUACUGUAACCUUGGGUUUACCAUGACAACGGGUGACAUUAACAAGGAUGGCCACCAUGACCUACUGUUGGGGACACCAUACUAUCAGUUGGUGGCAAAUCAGAGUGGAAUUGUGUCAGCACUUCCCUCAAGUCAAGCUUACUCAGGACACAUGGUGAUAACAUUUGAAUCGUUGAUUGCCAAGUGGAACCUGCAGAAUAAACAGGCGUACAGCUGGUUUGGACACAACAUCCGAGUACGCAGUGGACUGGUAAUGGUGGGGCAGCCUUACUACAGGAAGUGUAGCAGACCUGACUGUCAGCUGACCUCGUCUGACCUCCAGACUGUCGGGGCCCUGAACCUCUAUAACCUUGGAAUGACCUACAACAUUUCUAGCCUCACUCUACAUGGAGAGCAGCAGUUUGACUUGGCUGGAUAUAGUGCUGAUAUUGGUUUCCCCUACGACAACAAGUCGCUGAUCCUGGCUGUAGGUGUGGUGGGGCGUGACGCCCCUGGGGUAUACCUAACUGUUCCGAUCCAUAUCCACCAAGCAGGGGCAGUGUUUGUUUACAACAUCACAAACAACAAUGUCCAACUCCUCGCCACCUUUCAGGGCGAUAGGCAGUUUGGCAGAUUUGGCAUUUUUGUCAAGUUUGAAGAUGUAAAUGGCGAUGGUAUAGAUGAUCUGAUGAUUGGGGCACCUCGACGCAAUGAAGAUGCGACGGACAUUUUACCACGGUGGUUCUCAAAUGAUUAUGAUGGCAGGCUGUAUGUUUUCUACGGGGGUAAAAACUUUCCUAAGGGAAACGCUACCUACACACCCCAGUGUGGUAUGUUCUAUCCCUGUCCUGAAACAGUGGCCAACUUCACCACAGACGCUUAUGGAUACAAAUUGAAAAUGGGCUAUAAUGCAGCUAUUUUAAAAGCAAAGAAUCUGAACAAUAUGGUGACAUCUGUGUUGUAUGGUGAUGAACUCUUCGACAAAUGGUCUUCUCCCACUGUGUAUGUAUACAGAAUCAACACCACGGCAACGUCUAAUGGGGAGCCAGAAGGGUCGAGAUGAUCAGAUGUUAAUGAACCAGGAGAACAGAUUCAUCUCUAUGGUUUUAUUUGUAUUAAAGGAAGUCAUAUUUUAAAAUAACUAAAUCGGGAUGGUUGUAUGAUGUGAGAUGGAAUAUGUAUGAUGAGAGGAGAUAUGUAUAGUGAUGUGAGAUAUGUAUGAUGAGAUCGGAUAUGUUUCAGAUGAAAUGGGAUAUGUAUGAUUUGAGAGGAGAUAUGUAUGAUGUUAGAUGAGAUAUAUAUGAUGUGAGAUGGGAUAUGUAUGAUGUGAGAGGAGAUAUGUAUGAUGUUAGAUGAGAUAUGUAUGAUGUGAGAGGAGAUAUGUAUGAUGUGAGAUGGGAUAUGUAUGAUGUGAGAUGGGAUAUGUAUGAUGUGAGAGGAUAUAUCUAUAAUGAGAGGAGAUAUAUAUUAUGUGAGAGGAGAUAUCUAUGAUGUGAAAGGAUAAAUGUAUGAUGUGAGAGGAGAUAUGUAUGAUGCGAGAUGAAAUAUGUAUGAUGUGAGAGGAGAUAUGUAUGAUGAGAGAUGAGAUAUGUAUGAUGUGAGAUGAGAUAUAUAUGAUGUUAGAUGAGAUAUCUAUGAUGUGAAAGGAUAAAUGUAUGAUGUGAGAGGAGAUAUGUAUGAUGUGAGAUGAGAUAUGUGUGCUGUAAGAGGAGAUAUGUAUGAUGUGAGAUGAGAUACAUGUGUAUGUGUGCUGUGAGAGGAGAUAUGUAUGAUGUGAGAGGAGAUAUGUAUGAUGUGAGAUGAGAUACAUGUGUAUGUGUGCUGUGAGAGGAGAUAUGUAUGAUGUGAGAUGGGAUAUGUAUGAUGUGAGAUGAGAUAUGUAUGAUGUGAGAUGAGAUAUGUAUGAUGUGAGAUGAGAUAUGUAUGAUGUGAGAUGAGAUAUGUAUGAUGAGAUAGGAUAUGUAUAAUGAGAUGAGUUAUGUAUGAUGAAAAGGAUUUUAUCAUGAAUCAGUUUCAUUUUUUUUCAUUUUCACUGAUCCUGGCCAAAAGUGUUGUAAACAGACGUUUUGAAUAAUUGUUGUUAUUAUAGAUGGCAUUGUUUAUCAUGCCAAACUGUAGAAGCCACCAUGUAAAAAUGUAACAGCGCCCAGCUUUUUGUUGUAGGAGAUGAGAUUGCUAUAUAUUUUGUUGCAUCAGAAACCAAAUGCUUCCAUGAUAAUGUUGGUUGACAACACUGAAUAUAUUAUAGCAUCUCAUCUCAUACAUGUACAUGUAGCAUCUCAUAUCUCAUCUCAUACAUACAGCAUCUCAUACUUAUAGCAUCUCAUAUCUCAUAGGGCAUAUCAUAUUUCAUCACAUCCAUACAGCAUUUCAUAAUUGUCAUCUCAUACUUACUUCAUAUCGUUCAUAUUUCAUGUUAUAUACAAA